UUGGCCUGCUUCUGCGUCUCUCUCUUUGAAUCCUCUCAUAUAGACUCCCCAGUGUUCAAAUCAGUAUUAGACUUUUAGACUACACUACACGGAAGGAAGUGUUUUACUCAUAUUUAUAAAGCACUGUGAAAAUGGAACAGUUCAUGGGUAAAUGGAAAUUAACUGCAAGCGAGAAUUUUGACGAAUACAUGAAGGCUGUAGGAAUUGGUUUUGCAUCCAGGCAGAUCGCUAAUUUGGCCAAGCCAAACUUGGUGUUCAGCACUGAUGAUCAGGGGGUCAUAUCAAUGAAAUCCAUAACCACAUUCAAGACAGCGGAAAUACAUUUCCGGUUGGAUGAGGAAUUUGACGAGCUCACUCCAGAUGACAGGCAGGCCAAGACUCUUAUAAGACUGGUGGAUGGGAAACUCAUUCAAACACAGACCUGGGAAGGCAAAAGCACAACGCUUGAAAGAGAAGUACAGGGUGGCAAGUUGAUACUGAAAUGCAUCAUGGAUGAUGUGGUGUCUAUGAGGACGUAUGAAAGAGAUGAAUGACGCGCCUUUACAAGCCUGCUGAAAGGACAAAAGCUGGAUCUUAAAUGGCUGCAUAAUCCAAACAAAUGCGAGUGUGAUAUAAUGACUCCAUACCAAACACUCAAGGUCCAGGAGGGAGCCAACUGGGAUCAGUGAAAAAAGUCAGCUACACUGUUAAGAACUUGUUUUAUAUUUUUUCAAUCACAACAGUGAUCUCAGUGAUAUAAAAGCAUGAAAGGUCUCAAUAAAAAAUGUAAAAAGUGAGCAUGUUGUUUGAUUAUAUUCGAAUAAAAGAUUUCCAGAAA